AUGCUCGAGUCUCUGGUGGCCAAUGUGUUGAAUCGCUUUCUUGGAGCAUAUGUCUCAAACCUUGAGGACAAACAACUUAAUAUCGCAAUAUGGACAGGCAUGUCGAAGCGCGCGAACCUACAACUCAAGAAAGAGGCUCUUGAUAAGUUCAAUCUACCCAUUGAUGUAUUGGAAGGAUAUCUCGGGGAACUUUCUCUCAAUAUCCCUUGGACCGAUUUAAAAAACAAACCAGUAAAAGUUCUCAUAAACAAUGUUUAUCUCCUAGCAGUUCCCAGAGCCGAAUCGGAGUAUGAUGCUGAAGAGGAAGAAGAGCGCGCCCAGCAACUCAAACAGGAAAAACUAGCAAAUGCCGAAUUGCUUCAAACCAGUACACCCUUGACCGAAGAGGAUAACCAGAAGAAUCAAUCCUUCAUAAAUCAGCUGGUUACGAAAAUUGUUGAUAAUCUUCAGAUUUCCAUCAAUAACAUUCAUAUUCGUUACGAAGAUAAAUUAAGUGAUCCGGGACAUCCAUUUUCGGUUGGCUUCACGUUGUCGGAAUUUUCAGCGGUGUCAACGGAUGAAAAUUGGGUGCCCACUUUUAUUGAGGGCGAAACCAGCUCGAUUAACAAGCUAAUUACGCUAGGUUCACUAGCCAUUUAUUGGAACACGGACUCGAGAUCUCUGGCGGGAGCACCCACGAAAGAGUCUGUCGAGACAUUCACCAGUCUGAUCGCAUCUGAGAAUAAGGUUCCGACGGAACAUCAAUACAUUCUGAAACCGGUCUCGGGAACCGGACGCGUCGUUCUAAAUAAAAGCUAUAGCCUUGAGAAACCGAAGACCAGUGCGACACUUUUAUUCGAUGAACUAGGAUUUAUUGUGGACAACGAGCAAUACAGGGAUGCGUUGCUGAUGGUGGAUUUGUUCCAUUUUUACUUGCGUCAACAAGCGUAUCGGAAAUUUAGACCUCCGCGUGAAAUAACGCCCAAAAAAGAUCCGAGAGCCUGGUUUCAGUUUGCCGCGAAGUGCAUCAUCUCGGAAAUCCACGAGAGAGAUCGAAAAUUGACAUGGGAGUAUUUCGCUGAACGUCGAGAUGAUCGACUGUCAUAUGUUAAAUUGUACAAGGAUAAAAUGAUUGAACGAAUAACGCCUGAGGAUGCUAAUAAUUUGACAUUAUUGGAGCGGAAACUUAGUUACGAGGACAUCCGCUUCUACAGGUCGAUUGCAAAAUCACAGUUGAGGAAGGAAAAGGAAUUCUUAGCACAGAUAAAGAAGGAGCAGGAGAAAACACAGGGGACCGCACGGCAGUCGACGGGCGGGGGUUGGUUUAGUAGUUGGUGGUAUGGGGGGUCAUCACAAAGUUCAACCGAAGAUAUAACUUUGUCCAAAGAGCAAUUACAAGAAUUAUUUAAGGCGAUUGAGUACGAUGAAUCGGCUGCGGUAACGAAAUCCAUCGAUUUGCCGAGAGAAUUGACGAAGAUUUCCCUCAAGACGAAGCUCAAGAAAGGUUCAUUUGCGCUGAGAAAGGAUCCUCAUAGAAAGAAUGCAGAAAUACUAUCUUUAAUUUUUAACACCGUGACCGCAAACUUUAUUCAACGCCCCGAUUCUUUUCAGGCCGAAACUGCGUUGGGCAGUUUGUGUGUGAACGAUGGGUCCGUUGAGGGCACUUUGCAUCCACAAAUAGUUCGAGUUAAGGACGAAGAUCUUGGGUCCAAGACAGACUUGAAGAAGGAUGACAAUGUAGGUUACGACGAUGAGGCAGCGAUGGAGAAUCCAUUCUUUCACUUGGUCUUUGAAAACAAUCCUUUGGACGGCCGAGCGGACAACGGAGUCUCGAUGACAAUGCGACCUUUGGAAAUCAUUUAUAAUCAAAGUACUGUCCAGGCUAUCACCGACUUUUUCAGACCUCCGGAACAACAAUUGGAGUCGAUUUCCGCGUUGAUCGAAGCGGCCGAGGACACCAUAGAGGGGAUAAAGGCACAAACAAGGACUGGUUUAGAGUAUGCAUUGGAAGAACAUAAAACCUUCGAUGUCAAAAUAGACAUGAGUGCUCCGAUCAUAAUUAUUCCGGAGAGUUGCACCAAAAAGGAUGCUCAGGUUGUGGUGCUCGACUCUGGUCACAUUAGCGUGGAAAGUAAAUUGGUCAGUAAAGCUGACAUAGCAGAGAUUCAAUCCAAGGAGAGCGAGAGUUACAGUGAGGAAGACUAUAACCGAUUGAAGUCUUUUAUGUACGACAAAUUUUCGGUGCAUCUUUCAUCGACUCAGCUUCUCGUGGGACAAUCCGUCGAGCGAUGCUUGGCCCAGAUACGUAACGCCGAUCCCACAUACGACCUCCACUUUAUAGACCGGAUAAAUAUGGAAUUUCUAGUGGAAAUGUCAAUAUUACCGAGGGCAUCUAAUCUUACUAGGUUUAAGGUUUCCGGGCGUCUACCCCUUUUAAAGGCAAAUUUUUCGGAUCGAAAAUAUAAGAUCAUAAUGAAUAUUAUCGACAAAGUGACUUCGUCAUCAUCGAAUGCAAUCGAGGAGCCAUCCGUUGUGGUCACGCACGAAGAUAAAAUUUCAUUUAGUAAGGUAGCGAAGGAAGCACUUAGGGAAAAGAAGGCAUUGCAAUGGGAACGUGCGAAACAUAGGGAUUCGGUGGUCAUGGCCGAAAGAUUAGGUCUGGCGAAGGUUUCCCACUUACCUGACUUGGUGGUAGUUGAUGAUGACGAGGAGGAGACGGAUGAAUUUUUUGAUGCUCAAGAUGCGGGCUCUUCAAACAAUUCAAAGGCCAGUCAACGAACCUUCGAGUUUGAAUUUCGAGUGGACAAAUUUAUUGCCAAUGUCAAACAAGCAGAUCCGGAUCCCAAUAAACCCGAGGCCAUGCUCGUUGAGAUGGUCCUCGAGCAUUUUGGACUGAAUUACGUCCAGGGCCCGUUUGAUAUGUCGGCUGAGGUCGUUCUAAAAUCGUUAAGCGUAGAGGACAAGAUGUCUGAAGCUGGGACUGAAUUUAAGCAUAUAGCUGCGUCCGAGGGAUAUGGCAAUACUCAAUCGGAUGAUUCCAAGGACCUUGUUCACGUGAAAUACUCUAAAGUUAGUCCACAAUCUCCGGAAUACAUGAAGAAGUAUGAAGGGAUCGAUCAGAGUGUCGACAUCGAAAUGUCCACGAUUAAUGUAAUCGUAACUCGAAAAACUAUCCUCACCCUAUAUAAUUACGUCCUCGACACAUUUACUUCAGCCGAUCAAGGGCCCCCAGUAGAUUCAGGAAUUCCGCAACCUGACUCGGAAUUGCAGUCGCCUUCACCCGAAAAGCCCCCCACACAAAAACGUACACCUACCAUGCGCGUAAAAGUCAAACUAAAUAGCAUCAGGUUUAUUUUGAACAAUGAUGGCACCAGACUUGCAACGGGGUUGCUUUCUCACGCAAAUGCUGCUGUCUUACUGAGAGAAAACACUAUUCGUGUCGGGGCGAAACUAGGAAAUUUUGAGUUAUACGAUGACCGGGCUAGCGCCGAGUCUUCGCGAAAAUUACUCACGAUAGAAGGGGAUGAUCUAGCCGUGUUUAAAUAUGAAACUUUUGACGAAAGCGCUCCGGGCUUUCCUGGAUACGAUUCUUCGGUUUCGUUGCAUACGGGUUCUGCCAAGUUGAUAUUUUUGGAAGAACCGGUUCGUCUUCUACUCGACUUUGGAAGCAAAUUUGCCCAGAUGAAAGGACUUUAUGAUUCGGCUCGUAAGGCCGCAGUAACACGAGCGGCUCAUUUCCAGGAGAAAGUUUCGAAAUUUCACUACGAGAUUGUGAUUCAUACUCCAAUCCUUACUUUCCCUCAAAAUGAAGAUUCAAAGGAUAUGGUUAUCGCUAAUCUCGGUGAAUUUUCUGCAUCCAACGAGUUCAUUCCGAAUAACGAUGGCGAAGGGUAUCUCACAAUGAUCAAAGCUCAGCUCCAAAAAAUUCGUUUGACAUCAAGUUUCGAAUUUCCGGGUGGCAAUUUGCCGCAAACUCUUUUAAUAAUCGACGACGUGGACAUCGAUGUGAGCAUCUCUUACUCGGAGCACAUCGAAGGUUCAACCAGACCCGACAUGGAGAUCGUCGGCAAGAUGUCGGACGUCAGGAUGAAUUUAACCGAGAAACAAUACAAAUUCUUGUUCGAUUUAUCGAAUACCGUUCCUCGGGCGUUUAGCAGUACCACUGAUCAAACGUCUUCCGAAAUAAUAUCAACGUCCGAUAUUCCUUUGAGUUCUGAAGAUAAAACGAAAAUUCCUACUGGCUCCGAUGUGCCAUCAAAGGGACGGUCGACGGUUGAUUUCGUGUUUAAAGUAAAUCAAAUAUACUUGGAAAUAUUUUCGGGUGACGGUUUUCAGGCCGAAUCAUUGAGUGAAACUAGUCUAUCCAAAUUUUCCCUUAAUCAAACCGACGUCAAAUACAAAACUAUGAACGAUGGCUCAAUGGAAGCAGAGCUUCGACUUCGCUCAGUCACUUUGCAAGACACGCGGCCAAACAUUAAGAAUGUGUACAGAGAAAUAUUGCCGGCAGUUAAAGAAGAUAACUCUCAAUUCACAAUCACUGUUUCCAUGUCCGGCGGAUCGGAGAGUGAGAUUGUGGCAAUUGCAACGGUCGACAAUCCACAGGUCAUAUUAAUAUUAGAUCACUUAUUUGCCACUCGCAAUUACUUCAUGAGUGCCUUUGAAACACCAACUCCGAAUAAUAAGAGUGCGGCCCAACCCGUCGAAGUCACUUCUCCAAAAUCACCCACGUCAUCCGUUCAAUCUCCGCCGCGUCCGGUUGCGGCGCAAACUUCGUCUCGAUCGGUUGCCGCACUAAAAUAUCGGGUGAAUGUUACCAACGCGGAAAUAAUUUUACUUGCCAACCCUCACUUGAUGGAUACCGAAGCGAUUAUUCUUUCUGCCGAACAAUUGAUACUUACGCAGCAAACGAUUAUGGCAUUGAAUGUCAACAAAAUAGGGAUGUUCUUGUGUCGUAUGAAUAAGAGAGAGUCAUCACAGUUACACUUUAUCGAUAACUUCAAUUUUUCAUUGACAAUGGACACUCAGAAUACGAAGCCCGGACAACAGCUUACAAACAUUGCCGUGGAUGUUGGCCCUCUCCUUCUGAGACUUUCAUAUAGAGAUGCUUUGCUGAUUACCUCGAUUGUAAACAAAGUGUCCGAACUUUCAUCUCAAUCUACUGCGUCAACAUCACCGCAAGUUGAGCAAUCGGAAAUUGAAUCUGAAUCUUCAAACGAGAAACCAAGGGAAUUUGAUUACAAUUCGCUUGAGAAGAAAGGCAGCAGUGGUAGUUUAUCCAAAGGACGUUCCGGUUCCUCUCAGCUCAAGGCGAAUUUUCAUGGUGCGAAACUCGUCUUUAUCGGAGAUGAACAUGAUAUUCCAAUGAUCGUCGGAAAUUGUAAUAGCUUUGCUGUGACCGUAGCUGACUGGUCAUCACGGCUAAGUGUCGACGCCACUAUUUCUACUUACAUGGAUUAUUUCAAUCUUACGAAUUCCCAUUGGGAACCAUUAAUCGAACCAUGGCAAUAUAGCCUUCACAUCUCAAAAAAUUUAAACCCUGAAAGUAUGGUCAUUGAUAUUUCUUCGCAAAAACGGCUGGAAAUAAAUGUCACGCAUAUAUUCUUGGAGACCAUGUUGACCACACUUUCCAUAAUUGGCCACGAAAGUGAGCACGUGCUUAAUAUUGAUCGAGGCUCGAAAACACCUUACAAACUUAUAAACCGAACGGGUUAUGGUUUGCACGUCUGGGCGAACGACGCGGCGGAUGUUAAAUACGAAACAAUGAAUGAUGGCGGGGAAUUAGAUUGGAGAUUCGAUGAUUGGCGCAAAACGCGUGAGUCAAUUACAAUAACCGAAAACAUGCUGGGCAUUCAAUUUCAAGGGCCCUUAUGGGAGUGUAUUAAGGACAUCCCUGUUGACAGAGAAGGUGAAACGCUCUACACGCUACGCCCGAAACUGGAGGAUAAUGUCUCUCACCGUUUGGUUGUCGACGUGAAAUUAACGGAUAAUAUCAAGGUCGUAACUUUCCGGUCGGUACUUGUCGUAGAAAACCGUACGCUCAUCACGAUAGAACUUUUGAUAGACAAUGCGAAAGUGCCCAAAGUUUAUCAGAUAGCUCCGGGCGAAGAUUAUCCAGUGCCUAUUGAAGCGGCGUAUCAUCAAAAAUUUAAGAUUCGACCUGAAGGCUUUGGUUAUAAUUGGAGCACUGAAUAUUUAUACUGGAGGGACUUCCUAAAGCAAGUUCCCACCACCUCCGUUUCUUGCCAGAAUAUUCAGGAUGGGGAGAUACCAUUUAGGUUUCAAGUUUGCGCCCGAUACUCCAAGAAAAAUCCCCUUGUGAAAGAAUACCCUUACAUGACCAUUCGUCUAAGCGCACCAAUUCAAAUAGAAAAUCUGUUACCUUAUGAUAUUAACUUCCGGAUUAAAGAUGAAACAAAUCGUCAUGACUGGCCCGAGAAUCUCUUGCGAAAAGGACAAGUGACUUCUUUUCACUACAUAGAAUUGGGACAUCUGUUGUUGUUUAACAUCAAUAUAUUAGGAACUG